ACCUCCAGCAGCGUGUGACCCGGAAGGAUUUCUCCGCUACACAGCAUUUCCCGGAAGCAGUCGGGGCUGAGCGUUCUUUCUUCAGCCAUCUUGGACCUGAACUCCUCACACAAAAUGCCUGGUGAAGCCACAGAAACUGUCCCAGUUGCAGAACACGAACUGCACCAGCCACAAGCUGAGACGGCAACUUCUCCCUCAACUUCUGGGGAGGAGACUGCUGCUGUUGCAUCCACAGAAGUGGCGGUAGCAGCAACGGAGACUGUCACCCAGAAUCCCGAGAUGGCUAGCGAAGCGUCUCAGACGGCGACAGCACAGGUUGAAGCAGCUGUGCAAUCUUCAGCUCCAGAGGCUAUCCCCCCUCCCUCUGAUGCCUUACCAGCUCUGGAAACUCGCCCUGCAGCACCAAAGAAAGAGGUGUCUCCUGCCAAUGUUGCAGUUAAUGAAGCUACAGCGCCGAAGAAAGAGGCCCCAGCGACCGGUCUUGCUAAAGCUCCAGCACCAAAAAGUGCAGCCCCUUCUACCAAUCCGGCAGUUACUAAAGCUCCAGCACAAAAGAAAGGGGCCCCAGCCACCAGAGUUGCAGUUACUGAAGCUCCAGCGCCGAAGAAAGAGGCCCCAGCGACCGGUCUUGCUAAAGCUCCAGCACGAAAGAAAAAGGCCCCAGCCAGCAAUGUAGCAGUUACUAAAGCUCCAGCACCAAAGAACACAACCCCUCCCAGCAACAUUUCAGUUAUUGAAGCUCCAGCUCCAAAGACGGAGACCCCAGCGACCAGUGUUGCAGGUACUGAAGCUCCAGCACCAAAGGAAGAGGCUCCUGCCACCAACAUUGCAGUUGCUGAAGUGCCAGUGCCAAAGAAAGAGGCCCCGGCCACCAGUAUUGCAGCUGCUAAAGCAUCAGCACCAAAGCUAGAGGUCUCUCCUUCCAAUGUUGCAGUUAAUGAAGCUCCAGCUCCAAAGAAAAAGACCCCAGCCAGCAAUGUAGCAGUUGCUAAAGCUCCAGCACCAAAGAAAACGACCCCUCCUGGCAAUGUUGCGGUUAUUGAAGCUCCAGCACCAAAGAAAGAGGACCCAGCCAGCAAUGUAGCAGUUGCUAAAGCUCCAGCGCCAAAGAAAGAGGCCCCUCCUGCCAAUGUUGCAGUUAUUGAAGCUCCAGCUCCAAAGACGGAGGCCCCAGCAACCAAUGUUCAAGUUACUGAAGCUCCAGUGCAUUUUUGUUUAGUGCCAAAGAAAGGGGCCCCUCCUGCCAACAUUGCAGUUACCGAAGCUCCAGCACCAAAGAAAGAGGCACCUCCUGCCAAAGUUGCAGUUAUUGAAGCUCCAGCACCAAAGAAAGAGGCCCCUCCUGCCAACAUUGCAGUUACGGACGCUCCAGCUCCAAAGACGGAGACGGCAGCGACCAGUGUUACAGGUACUGAAACUUCAGCGCCAAAGAAAGAGGUUUCUCCCACCAAUAUUGAAGUUGCUGACGCUCCAGCGCCAAAGAAAGAGGCCCCAGCCACCAGUAUUGCAGUUGCUAAAGCUCCAGCACCAAAGAAAGAGGCACCUCCUGCCAAGGGUGCAGUUGAUGAGGCUCCAGCACCAAAGAAAAAGGUCACAGCCAGCAAUGCAGUAGUAACUAAAGCUCCAGCACCACAGAAAGAGGCCCCAGCCACCAAUGCUGCAGUUACUGAAACUCCAGCACCAAAGAAAGAGACCACCAGUGCUACAGUUACUGAACCUCCAGCAUCAAAGAAAGAGGCCCCAGCUACCAAUGCUGCAGUUACUGAAUCUCCAGACUCAAAAACAAAAUUGCCAGCUGAAAGUGGCCCUAAAUUUCCUGCUGCUACUUCCAAAGCUCAAGCUAGAAAGAAGAAGCCUGCACCCGUCGAUGGCGCUAAAACUUUUGUUGGCAAAACCAAAGCCUCAGCUCCAAACACUGCGACUGAGGCAUCUGUAGAACCUAUUGCUGAAUCUAAAGCUGCAGCAUCAAAGACCCCAGCCAAUGAAGCCAAAAUUCCAGUGACAAAGGCUGAACCAUCCGAAGUCUCUGCCCUGACUGCUUCUGAGCCCAGCUCUCCAGCUCCAAAGAAAGUGCCUACUUUGCCUGAGACAACUGUGAAGCCCAUUAAUGAAUCUAAAGCUCCAGCUUUAAAGAAACCAGCCAGUGAAGUUAAAACUGCAGCUUCAAAGAAGAAGCCAACCACUAAAGUGCCUGUUGCUGACAUCAAAGCUGCAGAAACCAAGGUCCCCGUUUCUGAUGUGCAGUCUUCAGCUACUAAAGCUGAGAGUGUUUCCUCUCCUACGCAGCCCACUCCAGAGCUAGAUACGGCAAGUCCUGCCAAAGAGCUAACCCUUCCUGCUGCUUUGCCUUCUUUAGAGCCUGUGUCCUCUGUUCCUAUUUCUCCCCUUGCCUCCAAAACUCUCCCACCUGCACCCCCUGCUGAAGAUGAGGAAAUGCCACCCCUAAUUCCUGCUGAGGAGACGGUCUUCCAACCUGUUGUGGUAAACAUCGCUCCUCCCAAACUUCCUGUAGCCCCUCCUCUGAAGGAGCCCGUGCUGAAGAAUGACAAGGGAUCAGGAACAGAGUCAGACAGCGAUGAUUCUCCUCCAGAGCUGGAACACGACACACACUCUUCCACACAGCAGGCGCAGCUUGCCGCAGCAGCAGAAAUAGAUGAGGAACCUGUCAGCAAAGCAAAACAAAGCAGAAGUGAAAAGAAAGCAAGGAAGGCUAUGUCAAAGCUGGGGCUUCGCCAGGUUACUGGGGUCACAAGAGUCACUAUCCGAAAAUCCAAAAACAUCUUAUUUGUCAUUACAAAACCAGAUGUGUACAAGAGCCCAGCAUCUGACACUUACAUUGUUUUUGGAGAGGCUAAGAUUGAAGAUCUCUCACAACAAGCCCAGCUUGCUGCUGCCGAAAAAUUCAAGGUACAGGGAGAAGCAGUAUCAAACAUACAGGAAAACACACAGACUCCCACAGUACAAGAGGAGAGCGAAGAGGAAGAGGUUGAUGAGAAUGGAGUAGAAGUCAAGGACAUUGAGCUUGUAAUGUCACAGGCGAAUGUGUCUAGGGCGAAGGCUGUGCGCGCUCUGAAGAACAACAGCAAUGACAUAGUAAAUGCUAUCAUGGAGUUGACGAUGUGAGGAUGCCUCAGACUUAUCUCCUUUCGUCUUGCUCUUGGGUCGGUGCAGCUAGAAUUGAGAUUUAUACUAUUUCUAUUGGUUUAAUAAACUUGUGGCUUAUUGGUGACUUUGUGAAA